CCCCGGAAGCUGAGAGCGCCAGGCACCCACCAAGAUGGCCGCGAAAUCCGACGGUGUCGGGGUUACCGGUUUCGCCCAGCUGCACAACCUGGACGAAUCGGUGACCGAGGGGGGUGACGAGCAGCAGCUGGACGGGGGGCCGGAAGCCAGCAGCUCAUUCCACAUCUGUCACUGCUGUAACACCUCAUCGUGUUACUGGGGCUGCCGGAGCGCCUGCCUGAGGAGAUCGCUGUGCAACCUGAAAGGGGGGGACCAUCCCGUCUUGGACUGUGUCUGGAUCGUUAUCGCGCUGCUCGUCUUCUUCUCGGACGUAGGCACAGACCUCUGGCUGGCGGCCGACUACUACCUGAAGCAGGACUACUGGUGGUUCGGCUUGACGCUCUUCUUCGUGCUGGUGCCGUCCGUCCUGGUGCAGAUCCUCAGCUUCAGGUGGUUCAUGCAGGAUUACGCCGGCGGGGGACUCGGGGGUGUGGAGGGACUGAGCAGCAGGCGACCCGGCGUCACCGGCUACAACCGCUGCUGCAGGACCUCGGUGUGGAUCUGGCAGUCGGUCAUUCACAUCCUGCAGCUGGGACAAGUGUGGAGGUAUAUCCGUACAAUGUACUUGGGCAUUCAGAGCAGAAGGAAGAACGAACACCAGCGCCGAUUUUACUGGGCCAUGAUGUAUGAGUAUGCAGAUGUGAACAUGUUGCGCCUUCUGGAGACUUUCCUGGAGAGUGCGCCACAACUGGUGCUACAACUCUGCAUAAUGAUCCAGAAAAACCGGGCAGAAACCUUACCAUUACAAGGUUUGUCCUCUAUGGCCUCCCUGAUGUCCCUUGCCUGGGUGCUAGCUUCAUACCACAAAUUGCUGCGGGACUCCAGGGAUGACAAAAAAAGCAUGAGCUACAGAGGUGCCCUAAUCCACAUCUUUUGGCGUUUGUUUACCAUAUCAUCCAGAGUCAUUUCUUUUGCAUUGUUUGCUUCUAUUUUUCAGUUAUAUUUUGGAAUAUUUGUAGUUGUGCACUGGUGUGCAAUGGCAUUCUGGAUCAUUCAUGGAGGAACAGAUUUCUGCAUGUCCAAGUGGGAGGAAAUUCUGUUCAAUAUGGUGAUAGGAAUCGUAUACAUAUUCUGCUGGUUUAAUGUCAAAGAAGGCCGGACACGAUAUCGAAUGUUUGCCUAUUAUACUGUAAUCUUGACAGAAAAUGCUGCCUUGACUUUUCUUUGGUAUCUUUACAGAGAUCCCACAACCACUGACUUUUAUGCCAUAACUGCACUGUGUACAGUUUUUAUUAGUUUUGUUGCCGGGGCAGCAUUCAUGUUCCUGUAUUAUGGUUUACUUCAUCCCAUGGGACCACGGACAAGGAUCCUUACCAGUUCUUGCUGUGCUGAACUCCUCUGGGGAAUCCCUCUGCCUCCAGAGCUGGAGGCUAUGGCAUCAACGCCAGCAGCACCUAGAGGAUCCCAGACUACACCAACCAGAGUGGCAGGUGAUCAAGAGGAGGAGGAUGCAGCAGAGACCUGCCUGCCUGUAUUCCAAGUGCGACCCACAGUGCCACUUACACCAUCAGGCCGACCCUACCUACCGGAGGGACCAAUCAUCAAGAUUGACAUGCCAAGGAAAAGAUAUCCUGCCUGGGAUGCCCACUUUGUAGACAGAAGGCUGAGGAGAACAGUUAAUAUAUUACAGUAUGUAACUCCCACAUCUGUAGGUAUUAGGUAUAGAGAUGGGCCACUUGUAUAUGAGCUGCUACAGUAUGAAUCUUCACUUUAA